ACGACGAGGAGGAGCAGAAUACGAAUGGAGAAAGUGUUCAGACAGUAGUAAUACUUGCAUAUAUUUAACAGAACGCGUUGGAAUUUAGUUUUACAGAGUCUCAGAGAUUCAGAAAUAAAAGGAUUUUAACCAACACCUUUUUUAUCCGUUACUUUGGGAUCUUCUUCUCGUUCAGAAUAAGUGCUGAGUUCUGACCAUGAUGUUCACCGUACUCUUUUUACUGGUGAUGCUCUGGACUUCAGAAGGUGGCCGAGUGGCAGAGAACAGAGAUGACAACAGUAUGUAUGACCUUUUUGAGCUUGCGCGCAUCAAUAAGAAGCACCAUGGAGUGAGCUUGGUGAAGGGUCCGGAUCCUUACAGCCCCGCUUACAAAAUUCUUAACCCCAACCUGAUCCCCCCGAUCCCAGAGCACUCCUUCAGGGACCUCAUUUAUUCCAUCCAGGCAGAAAAGGGAUUCUUCCUCAUGGUCAACCUGAAGCAAGCCAAAAAGACCAGAGGCAGCCUGUUGACCGUUGAGAAGAAAGAUGGCUCUGGGCCCAUUUUUGAGAUUAUCUCCAAUGGAGAUGCCCACACUCUGGAUUUGGUUUACAGAACGGGUAACAGACAACAUGUGGUCUCAUUUGAAGAGGCCCAUUUGGCAAGUGGCAGCUGGAAGAAUAUCACCCUGUUCGUGCAGGAUGACCGUGCACAACUGUAUGUUGGUUGCGAAGAGAUAAAUACUAGUGAGCUGGAUGUGCCCAUCCACCAAAUUCUGACGCAGGAGGCUGUCGAUAUUGCUACCCUGCGCAUUGGAAAAGGAGCAGUAAAAGACAGGUUUAUGGGAGUCCUCCAGAAUGUGCGCUUUGUCUUUAGAACCACUUUGGACACAAUCCUACGGAACAUGGGAUGCGAGAGCUCCACCUUCAUCACAGAUGUCAUGACCCUAGACCACCCUGUGAACGGCACCAGUCCGGCGAUCCGCACAGAUUACACUGGACACAAGACCAAAGAUCUCCAGGACAUCUGUGGCUUCUCUUGUGAGGACCUGGCCAGCAUGUUUAAGGAGCUCAAGGGGCUUGGUGUGGUGGUUAAGCAGCUGUCAAAUGAGCUCCGCCAAGUGACUGCAGAUAACAACUUAAUAAAGAACCAGAUUUCGAUCCACAGUGGGGUGUGCCUGCACAACGGCAUUGUCUACAAAGAUAAGGAUGAGUGGACAGUGGACAGCUGUACCCACUGCACCUGCCAGAACUCUGCCACCAUUUGUCGGGAAAUCUCCUGCCCGCUCAUGCCUUGUGCCAAUGCCACUGUGCCUGAUGGUGAAUGCUGCCCACGCUGUGGAACUCCGAGUGACUAUGCUGAGGAUGGCUGGUCACCCUGGUCUGAGUGGACUCAUUGCUCAGUGACCUGUGGCCGUGGAAUCCAGCAGCGUGGACGCUCCUGUGACCGCAUCAACAGCAACUGUGAUGGCACCUCAGUACAAACCAGAGACUGCUACCUGCAAGAAUGUGACAAACGCUUCAAGCAAGAUGGAGGCUGGAGCCACUGGUCUCCCUGGUCCUCGUGCUCGGUGACCUGUGGUGAGGGCGUCAUCACCCGUAUCCGCCUCUGCAACUCACCUACUCCACAAAUGGGUGGCAAGGACUGCCAAGGAGAGGGCCGACAGACAGAACCAUGCAAGAUGUCUCCAUGCCCAGUCAAUGGAGGCUGGGGGCCAUGGUCACCAUGGGACACGUGCUCUGUCACUUGUGGUGGAGGACUGCAGACCAGAAAUCGUCUCUGUAACAAUCCUGUGCCAAAGCAUGGUGGAAAAGAAUGUGUGGGUGAUUCUAAAGGCACCCGUUUGUGUAACUCCCAGGACUGUCCCAUCGAUGGCUGUCUUUCCAACCCUUGCUUUGCUGGCACUAAGUGCACCAGCUUCCCUGAUGGCUCCUGGAAGUGUGGACAGUGCCCAGUUGGCUAUACUGGAGAUGGAAUCCACUGUGAGGACAUUGAUGAGUGCAAAGAUGUUCCUGAUGCCUGUUUCACAAUUAAUGGGGUCCAUCGUUGUGAGAACACAGACCCAGGCUACAACUGCCUUCCCUGUCCUCCUCGUUACUCUGGACGCCAGCCAUUCGGAAGGGGUAUUGAACAAGCUAUGGCCAAUAAACAGGUGUGUGUGCCAAGGAACCCUUGUGAGGAUGGAAGCCAUGAGUGUAACAAAAAGGCCAACUGUAUUUACCUGGGAGUUUUCUCAGACAUCAUGUACCGCUGUGAGUGCAAACCUGGCUAUGCUGGAAAUGGCUACAUCUGUGGAGAGGACACUGACCUGGACGGCUGGCCGAACACUGACCUUCUUUGCGUGGAGAAUGCCACCUACCACUGCAAGAAGGACAACUGCCCUGACCUUCCCAACUCUGGCCAAGAGGACUACGACAAAGAUGGAACUGGAGACGCUUGUGAUUACGAUGAUGACAACGAUGGGAUCCCUGAUGAUAGGGACAACUGCCCGUUCAUCUUCAACCCAAGGCAGUAUGACCAAGACCAUGAUGAAGUCGGUGACCGCUGUGAUAACUGCCCGUAUGACAGCAACCCUGACCAGAUUGACACAGACAACAAUGGAGAAGGCGAUGCUUGUGCCAUUGACAUUGAUGGUGAUGGUAUUCUGAAUGAGAAGGACAACUGCCCAUACGUCUAUAAUGUUGACCAGAGAGACACUGACCACGAUGGGGUUGGAGACCAUUGUGAUAACUGCCCAUUGGAGCACAAUCCUGAUCAGAUUGACUCUGAUUCCGAUAAUGUGGGUGACAAGUGCGACAGCAACCAGGACAUUGACGAGGAUGGCCAUCAGAAUAAUCUGGACAACUGCCCAUAUAUCCCCAAUGCCAACCAGGCUGACCAUGACAAAGACGGAAAAGGGGAUGCAUGUGACCACGAUGAUGACAAUGAUGGUGUGCCUGAUGACAGAGAUAACUGCAGACUGGCCUUCAAUCCAGACCAGAUUGACUCUGAUGGUGAUGGACGUGGUGAUGUUUGCAAAGACGACUUUGAUCAAGACAAUGUGCCUGAUAUUGAAGACGUUUGUCCAGAGAACUUUGCCAUCAGCGAGACAGAUUUCCGUAGGUUCCAGAUGGUUCCUCUUGACCCCACAGGAACGUCACAAAUCGACCCCAACUGGGUGGUCCGCCAUCAGGGAAAAGAGCUUCUUCAGACAGUCAACUGCGACCCUGGUAUUGCUGUUGGUUAUGAUGAGUUCAAUGCUGUGGACUUCAGUGGAACUUUCUUCAUCAAUACUGACCGAGAUGACGAUUAUGCUGGGUUUGUGUUUGGCUAUCAGUCCAGUUCCCGCUUCUAUGUGGUGAUGUGGAAACAGAUCACACAGACAUACUGGUCUCACACGCCAACAAGAGCUCAGGGCUAUUCUGGACUGUCAAUCAAAGUGGUUAAUUCCACAACAGGGCCAGGCGAGCAUCUCAGGAAUGCUUUGUGGCAUACUGGAGACACACCAGGACAGGUGCGCACUUUGUGGCAUGACCCCAAGAACAUUGGCUGGAAAGAUUACACUGCCUACAGAUGGCACCUUAUCCACAGACCUAAAACUGGAUACAUCAGAGUUAUCAUGUAUGAGGGCAAGAAAGUCAUGGCAGAUUCUGGAAGCAUUAAUGACAAGACAUAUGCUGGUGGAAGACUUGGUCUUUUUGUCUUCUCUCAAGAGAUGGUUUACUUCUCAGACCUCAAAUAUGAAUGCAGAGAUGUAUAAUACGACCAGUUGGGAUUUCCCUGAAGAAUGUGCCUAUCACCUAUUGUCGUCAGUCUGUUUAAGUGUGUUAUGUAUGUUGUGGGAUGAAGCUUUUACAACUCUUUCCUAUGAUGGGACCAAGGGAUCAAAGGGAGAAGCUACAAGGUCAGUUCAUGUGACCUUGGGGCUGACAGUAGCUGUUAUCUGGAAGAGGACAGUAGAAGCCUGCAACAAAAGCAAAGAGAGAAUGGACAUCACUGCACGGAAUGAGAAAGAACCGUUAAAAGACUUCUGAGUUUCUAAACUGGUCAGGUUCCCCCUCCUGUUGUGGAGGACCAAAAAAAGGAAGAGUUAUUGUCUAUAAUUGCAAAGUUAAACCUCAGAUCUGCUGUGGACUAUAAUCAUGAAAGGAAGAAACCUCUCAUAAAAUGAAGAAAAGCAAAAGGAGUUCCACUUCUUUCUAGUGGGUCUGAGGUCCCACAGAAGAACUGUUGAGGGAGGAUGCACAGGAUGGUGUAAACAGAAAUGGACUGUUGUCUUUUACUUCAAGAGAAUGAGUGUUUUCAAUGUGUAUGUUUGUCACAAACAUCCUACACUUGGACUUGUUUUUAAAAUUAUACCUAUCAGUUAUAUGGCCAUAACAAUCGGAUAUCAGUUCAUGAUAUCAUGCCCAUUGAAAAGCCACUUGCCUUUUUUGGAGAUAUGUUCUCCAAGCUGUUCUCAGGGUUAAAAGAACCUUUGUCUUCAGUCUUUUGAAGCAGAACAGUAAGUACCAGAGCAAUAUUUACCCAGAUGAUUAGAGCAUUUCAAAUUAAGGAAAGGGCCCAUGCCUGUUAAAGGAGUGUAACGGACAGUUGUGAUGUUGCAUGUACUUAUAUUGUUGGCACAAUAUGGACACACCUUGAAUUGUAUCUCAUCUCAGUGCAACUUUCACUUAAUAAUUGUAAAAACUAAAGAACAUACUGGAUUGUUGGGGUGAAAUUGCCUUAAUUAUGCAGAACUUAAGUUUGUUCCAAAUCAAAACAAAUGUAUAGUUGUUUCUUAGUUCUUCAGCACAGAGUGCAUGACUAGUGCGUAGGAGUAUGCUCUGUAUUCUAAACAAAGGAAAAAAAAA